AUGCGAGAAAGUGUCCCAGGAAAAGUGACGCAGAGCAUAGCACAGUCCACAGGCUACAAGUGGCAACUCUUGUGUGCGAAGGAGGGCAAAUGGGGCUGGAUCGAUGUGGAUACCAGCAACAUCGACGAAGUCUUGAAGCAGGGCCCGAUCUUCGUGAAGUUCUUUGCUCCAUGGUGCUCGCAUUGCAAGAACAUGGCGAAGGAUUUCCACCGGGUCGCCCAAGAGGAAUUGCCGGAUGGUAUUCGCAUUGGCAGAGUCGAUUCGACCAAGAACCCUGCCCUCAACAAGCGCUUCGGCAUUUCUGGAUACCCGACGCUGCUCAUGCUCAGUGACGAGGGCAGAGACAUGAGGAGUUACUCGGGAGAUCGUUCUUUCCAGAGCCUCUUGGAGUUUGCCACCGGUGGGUGGAAAACGGCGCCGGUGCACGACCCAACAAAGCCGCGACCAAAGCCGUCCUUUAGUGAGCAGCUGAAGAGCCUUCCGUGGACAGUCAAAGCCGUGGGUCUCCUUUUCAUCGUUGGGUUGCCCUUGUCGAUCUUUGCCGCCUGCUACGAUGUCUACUCCGAGAAGAAACGUCGCGACGCAAGGCGAGCUGAGCGCAAGGCUGAAGCUGGCAAGACAGACUGA